UGAAACCCAAAUCAGAAAAAUCAAGUAAUGGCUACUGAUUCUGAAUCCAACUUGUCUACGGCCAAAACCAUCAUCUCCGCGGUCGGCUCGGCCGCAGCCACGGCCAUGCUUGUCAAGACAAUAGCCAAUGAAUAUCUUCCCGACGAUCUAACCAGUUACAUUUCCGGCGGCAUUCGCUACCUUUUCACCCGAUUUUCCUCUCAAAUGAUCAUGGUCGUCGACGAAUUCGACGGUCUAGUCAGUAACGACAUCUACGACGCAGCCGUCAUCUAUCUCGGUUCCAAAGGAUCCACCAGCAACAACUGCCGGCUCAAAGUCAGCCGACCGGAAAAGGAGAAGUCCAUUUCCGUCGCAGUUGAUCGGAACGAGCAAAUAGAUGACGAAUUCGACGGCGUCAAAAUCAAAUGGGUUUCGGUCUGUGAAAAAGUCGAAUCUAGAAACUUUCACAACCCACGUAACUUGAAUUCUACAUUCAGAUCUGAGAUCAGAUGGUUCGAACUAAAUUUCCAUAAGAAAUACAAGAAGAAGAUUAUAGAAUCGUAUCUGCCGUAUGUUUUAAAAGAGGCCGAAGCUAUGAAGAACUUGAAGAAAUCAGUCAAGAUCUACACUGUUGAUCCAGGCGAAAUGUACGGAAACAUGUCCCAUGCGUGGAUACCGGUGAAUCUUGAUCAUCCUUCUAAUUUUGAAACACUGGCUAUGGAUUCAGAUCUUAAGAAGACGAUCGUGAUGGAUCUGAAACGAUUCGUUAGCCGGCGAGAGUAUUACAGGAAAGUGGGUAAGGCAUGGAAGAGAGGUUAUCUUCUUUACGGACCACCUGGAACAGGGAAAUCGAGUUUGAUUGCUGCAAUGGCGAACCAUUUGAACUUUGACAUUUACGAUUUGGAGUUGACGGCGAUAGACAGCAACUCCGAUCUCCGGCGAUUGCUAUUGGCGACGGCGAACCGUUCCAUUUUGGUAGUGGAAGAUAUUGACUGUGCAGUGCAAUUCCAUGAAAGGGCGGGAGAAGCUCCUUCAUCAUCUUCUUCUUCUCCUUCAGAUUCAGAAGAAUCAAAUGAUAAGAAAAAUGAGAUAACAUUGUCUGGCUUCCUCAAUUUCGUGGAUGGAUUAUGGUCGAGUUGUGGAGACGAAAGGAUUAUAAUUUUUACCACGAAUCACAAAGAGAAACUCGACCCCGCAUUAUUGCGCCCGGGUCGGAUGGACAUGCAUAUCCACAUGUCUUAUUGCACUCCUUGCGGGUUCAAAACCCUUGUUCAUAACUAUCUCGACGUUGAUGAUCACAAAUCUUUUGAGGAAAUUGAAGAGUUGAUCAGAUCGGUCGAGGUGACUCCGGCUGAGGUGGCAGAACAAUUGUUAAAAUGUGACGAAGACGAUGUAGAUAUGGCGCUUUCCGGUGUAAUAAGUUUUCUUCAUGAAAGGAGAAAGGAAAAAGAGGAGGCUAAUAUUGAGAAAGAAGAAAAUGAGGAGGCUAAUAUCAAGAAAGAAACAAUAUUAUCUAAAGAACUACUAGUUAAUAAACUAGAAACGGUUGAAGAAAAUAUGUUAAAUAAUGAAGAUACAAAAACAACCUAAAGUGACUAUAUGUAAAUAAGUUGUUUUUAAUCAUUAUUUAUCUUACUAAUAU